AAAUAAGAAAUAAAUUAAUGGCAUUUUCCAAUUUCCCCGCUUUGAACUUUCAAGUGUUGAAUUACCCAAAUCACCAAACAGUACCGACAAGAACUCGAACCCCCUACACGGUGUCAUCAAAAUCACUCUUUUUCAAAGCAAUUGAAUCUGGAUUUCAAAGGGUCUCCCCCAACUCCAAUCCUUCAACCCUCUCUUCGCUAAUUCCUCUCAGCUGAUAAUUCAUUUUAUCCAUUUUCUUCACACUUACUUACUCUACGCUCUUCACUGAUGAUACCCUUUUUCUCUCUUCAACUACUUUUGUAUGGUUUGAACUUCCAAGAAUUCGCCCAUCCAACCAAUACCCACUUCCAUUGAUUUGGUGCACAAUUCAAAAACCAUGUCUUUAAAUUUAGAGGUACCUCCUUCAAAUGGUUGUGAGAAAGUUAUAUUAUCUGAAGAACAGCAUAUGAAGAUUUGUGAGGUGCGAAGGCUUUUAGGACCCUUGUCGGGUACGUCAUCAAUUUACUGUUCGGAUCUAUCCAUUUUGAGAUAUCUAAGAGCAAGAAACUGGAAUGUGAAGAAGGCAACUAAAAUGCUGAAAGCAACUUUGAAGUGGAGGUCAGAAUACAAACCCGAAGAGAUUCAAUGGGAUGAGGUUGCUCAUGAAGCUGAAACUGGGAAAGUUUAUUGUGCGGACUGUAAGGACCGACAUGGAAGAACAGUGAUAGUCAUGAGACCUUGUCGCCAGAACUCGAAGACUGUAAAAGGACAGAUUAGAUACUUGGUGUAUUGCAUGGAGAAUGCUAUUUUGAAUCUUCCAUCAAACCAGGAGAGUAUGAUCUGGCUGGUUGAUUUCAAGGAUUUUGACAUGUCAAAUAUCUCAUUAAAAGCAACAAAGGAGACUGCACAUAUUUUACAAGAACAUUAUCCCGAACGCCUCGGAUUGGCAAUUCUGUAUAACGCGCCCAAGUUUUUUGAACCCUUCUGGAUGGUUGCAAAGCCUUUCCUGGAGACAAAAACUGCCAACAAAGUGAAAUUUGUUUACUCUGACGACGUAAACUCAAAGAGGAUAAUAGAGGAUCUGUUCGAUAUGGACCAGCUGGAGUCUGCGUUUGGUGGAAACAAUAAUGUUGGUUUCAAUAUAACCAAAUAUGCUGAGAUGAUGAAAGAAGACGAUAAACAGAUGCGUUGUUCCUGGUCCGCGGUAAAUCCUAAUAGCCUAGCCUCGGAAAAAGCUCAGAGUAGCGGUCUAGUCGGUUCUCAAAUCACUAACCGUUCUGAAUCCUCAGAGAAUGAGAGGACAGAUGGUGAUAUUCAUAUAACUAGAAAAGCAGAUGGCAACUGAGGCAGAAUUCAAGUUAACUCAUAUAAGUUUGAGUCUGAUUUUUUUUUCUUGGUGUUUGGCAUUCUUGCUAUGAACAAAACAAAGCGUUUUGUAUUUCUUUUAUUUAACAAUUCCUUGUCCAAUUUCUUGUGGACAUGAUUAGAGCAGGGGUGGGUUCUUGAAAUUUGUCCAUUAUUAUCUGUGUGAGUUGACAAUGACAUGAAGACUACCACCAUACAAUAAUCUAAACAUAUUUGGUUCUGUUAA